CCAUGGAUGUAUAGUCUCCACAAUCAAAUUGUUUCUUCCAGAUGGAAUGGAAGCUCGAUUGCGAUCCGAUGUUAUCCAUGCUCCAUUACCAAGUCCUGUUGAUAAGGUUGCUGCUAACACUCCCAGUAUGUAUUCUCAGGAAUUGUUUCAGCUUUCACAGUAUCUACAGGAAGCCUUACAUCGGGAACAAAUGUUGGAACAGAAGCUGGCAACCCUUCAGCGGCUACUUGCUGUCACGCAAGAGGCUUCAGAUACUAGUUGGCAGGCUUUAAUAGAUGAAGAUAGGCUGCUAUCAAGAUUAGAAGUUAUGGGAAAUCAAUUACAGGCAUGUUCAAAGAAUCAAACAGAAGACAGUAUACGAAAAGAGCUUAUAGCAUUACAAGAAGACAAACACAACUAUGAGACAACAGCCAAAGAGUCCCUGAGGCGGGUCCUUCAGGAGAAAAUUGAAGUGGUCAGAAAACUGUCUGAAGUGGAGCGGAGUUUAAGUAACACAGAAGAUGAAUGUACUCACCUGAAAGAAAUGAAUGAGCGGACUCAGGAAGAAUUAAGAGAAUUAGCUAAUAAGUACAAUGGAGCUGUAAACGAAAUUAAAGAUCUUUCUGACAAGCUAAAGGUAGCAGAAGGAAGACAAGAAGAAAUCCAACAGAAAGGACUGGCUGAGAAAAAAGAAUUGCAGCAUAAAAUAGAUGAAAUGGAAGAGAGAGAGCAAGAGCUUCAAGCAAAAAUAGAAGCUUUGCAGGCUGAUAAUGACUUCACCAAUGAGCGGCUAACUGCUUUACAAGAGAAUCAAGCAAGAGUCAAAGAAUCUGAUUUGUCAGACACUCUUAGUCCAAGCAAGGAAAAAAGCAGCGACGACACUACAGAUGCCCAAAUGGAUGAUCAAGAUCUAAAUGAACCUAUUGCUAAAGUAGCUCUUCUAAAAGAUGAAUUGCAAGGUGCACAAUCAGAGACUGAGGCUAAGCAAGAAAUUCAGCAACUGCACAAGGAGCUGAUUGAAGCCCAAGAGCUAGCUAGGACAAGUAAACAAAAAUGCUUUGAACUUCAAGCGCUAUUGGAAGAAGAGAGAAAAGCAUAUCGAAUGCAAGUUGAAGAAUCUAACAAGCAAAUAAAUGUUCUGCAAGCUCAGUUGCGAAGGUUACAAGAAGAUAUUGAGAAUCUUCGUGAGGAAAAGGAGAAUGAAAUUUCAAGCACUCGAAAUGAACUAGUCAGUGCUCAAAAUGAGAUUCUGUCACUUCAACAAGUAGCAGAAAAGGCAGCAUCAGAACGAGAUACAGAUAUUUCUGCAUUGCAAGACGAGCUGCAAACAGUGCGAGCGGAACUUGAACGGUGGCGGAAAGAUGCCUCAGAUUAUGAAAAAGAAAUUGUCAGUCUGCAAGCCAGUUUUCAGCUCAGAUGUCAGCAGUGUGAGGAUCAGCAGAAGGAAGAGGCUACUCGCUUAAAAGGUGAACUUGAAAAGUUGAAGGCAAAGUGGAGUGCUCUGGAAGCUGAAUGUGUUACACUAAGGAAGGAGAAUACUUUGCUUGCAUCUGAGCUUCAACGACAAGAGAAGGAGCUUUCUAGCUCUCAGAAACAGAGUUUAGCGCUAACCAGCGAUAUAAGUGUUCUUGAAAUGUCUCGAAAGGAGCUUGAAAAUCAGAUGGGAUCUUUGAGAGAAAAACAUCAACGGGAUGCAGCUAGUCUAAAAAGCCAGCUCAGUGAAGCUGAGAGUCAAGCAAAAGAUUUUCAGAAAGAGUAUGAAAGAACACAGACUGUGCUCUCAGAGCUGAAGGCAAAGUAUGAGAUGGCUGAACAAGAAAAUCAGUCACUCACAGAAGAGCUCAAACAAUGUAAAGAAAACCUGAAGCUGCUACAAGAAAAAGGAAACAACCCUUCCAUAUUACAACCCGUCCCAGCCGUAUUCAUCGGCCUAAUCCUGGCUUUCCUGUAUUGGUGUUACGGCCCAUUGUGGUAGCGAAAGAGACAAUGGCCUUGGAUGCCUGUGAUGGCAGCUUUGGUUGCUGUAACAGCCGUGGUGCUGUACCCAGGCCUAACCAGAGCUUCUCCAUGAGAACUGUUGUUGAAUCCAUACACCGUCCUCCCUUUAGAAGCUGGCAACAUUCAUAUACUGAGGGAAAACAGAUUAAUUCUCUUCCUUUUUACCUCUUAAUACAGCACAGCUCUGCGUGAGAACAGCAGUAGGGUCAUUUGCUUUAAACUGUAUAAAAUGUAUCUGUCUAUAAAGAGGGAAUAAAAU